CCAAUCAAAAGUUCAAAAAUAUCACACCAAUCACCACACAUUAUUAGCUCAACCAACAGUGUUUCUCAUCUCCAUAAGAAGGCCAAGAUGAGCAUUUUGGUAUUGUUGGUUUUUUAUAUUAUUAGCUGAAAAUGGAGAAUUGUUACCCUUUUAGCUUGCUUGAACCUCCAAAUUGUGAUGGUUGCAAUGCUGCUGCUAUAAGCAAUGAGCCUCCUUUCGUAGUUCCAUGGCCAGUCGAACCUCUUUUCUCAGCUUCUAGCUCGGUUCGUUGCCACGGGUUUACUUCGCCAGCGAUACCUGAUAAAGCUACGGUGGCUUCCAAGAGCCAUAGUGAAGCCGAGAAGCGUCGGAGGGAUCGGAUUAACUCGCAGCUUACAGCUUUGAGGAAAUUGAUUCCCAAGUCUAACAAGAUGGACAAGGCAGCCUUAUUAGGAAGUGCAAUAGAGCAAGUCAAGGAUCUAAAACGAAAAGCAACAGAAAUCGGCAAAGCUUUUGCUAUACCGUCCGAAACCGAUGAAGUAUCUGUCGAUUACAAUGUUCCCGAAGACAAGACAUUCAUCAGGGUUUCGAUUUGUUGCGAUGAUCGGCCGGAAGUGUUUUCGGAACUCAUCCGAGUCCUCAAAGGGCUAAGGCUUAGCAUUGUGGAAGCUGAAAUUUCAAGUGUUGGUGGAAGAACCAAAAGCAAUUUGAUCCUUUGCAAUGAGAGUGAUAAUAGAGAAGGUGUUUCAAGCAAUCUAAAACAAUCUUUGAAUGUAGUUGUGAACAAGAUUAAUGCUUUAUCAUCGGAUGAAUCGAAAUCGAAUUAUCGGAUAAGGAGUAAGAGACAAAGGUUGUUCUUGUCUUCUUAGUUUACUCCGUAAUAAACAAGGUGAAUAUUUAAUA